AUGGAUGUGAGAAUCGGCAGCGACGUCCGGAGCAGGAGAGAAUCCUGUUUUGCAGACAAAAGCUCAUGUACAGAAAAUGCCAGCGCUUUCAAUUUAACCUCUCUUACAAGCAGCUCUUCAAGGAAGGCUCCUAGCAGUCCCUGCGCCCGAAAACAAGCAGGAGGCUACUUUACAAAAUCCAAGUUCCAGACUCCUGUGACAGCACAAACAGUGACAACUUCAUCUUCAGCAUCAGCUCGUUCUGUAUCUUCUGUUUUUGUGGCAGUAGUGGAAGGACGAGGUCUCGCCAGAGGAGAAGUGGGCAUGGCUAGUUUGGAUUUAAAGACUCCUGAUGUGGUUUUAUCUCAGUUUUCAGACAGCAGCAUUUAUGUGAAGGUGAUAACAAAACUCCAGAUUCUGGCGCCGCUAGAAAUACUGAUGCCAAAUACUGCGUGCGAAAAUGGAAAGACCACAGAACUGUUUCGGCUCAUAAAUGAAAACUUUAAGGAUGUUUCUUUUACUACUGUACAGCGCAGGUAUUUCAAUGAAACGAAAGGCCUUGAAUACAUUGAACAAUUAUGUGCCCCGGAAUUCAGCACAGUAUUAAUGGAAAUUAAGUCCAAGUACUACUGUCUAGCUGCAGUGGCAGCAUUGCUGAAAUAUGUGGAAUUUAUUCAGAAUUCAGUUUACGCUCCGAAAUCUAUGAAGAUUCGCUUUCACGGAAGUGAACAAACGGCCAUGAUCGAUUCUGCUUCUGCUCAGAACCUCGAACUCCUGGUGAAUAACAGAGAUUCCAGAAAUAAUCAUACCCUUUUCGGGGUCCUGAAUAAUACUAAAACUCCAGGCGGAAGCCGAAGACUCAGAUCAAAUAUUUUGGAGCCUCUGAUUGAUCUGGAAACCAUCAACACAAGACUGGAUUGUGUCCAAGAAUUUCUUGAAGAUGAGGAACUUUUCUUCAGUCUUCAGUCAGUUCUUUCAAGAUUUCUGGACACCGAACAGCUUCUUUCUAAUCUUAUACAGAUUCCAAAGCAGGAAACGGAAAAAGCUGCUGAUACUAAGAUAACCUAUCUGAUUUCGCUCAAACAUACCCUUGAACUUGUGGAGCCUUUAAAGGCUGUACUGCAAAAAUGCAAAACACCCUUACUCCAAGCAUAUUAUUCAUCAAUAGAUGAUCCCAGGUUCAACAUCAUACUUGAAAAAAUUAAAACCGUUAUUAACGAUGAUACGAGAUACACCAGAGGAUGCCUCAACAUGAGGACUCAGAAGUGUUACGCGGUAAAGCCCAAUAUAAAUGAGUUCCUCGAUAUUGCCAGAAGGACUUAUGCAGAAAUUGUAGACGACAUUUCUGGGAUGAUAUCAAAGGUCUCUGAGAAGUACAGUUUACCGUUACGGACCAGUUUCAGCAACUCUCGAGGAUUCUUCAUUCAGAUGAACAUGGAAGGGAAUGUGCAGCAAACCUUCCCUACAGACUUUAUUAAGGUGACACGAGUGAAGAACACCUACAGCUUUACAUCAGUGGACUUGAUUAAGAUGAAUGAGAGGUGUCAAGAAUCUCUAAAAGAAAUCUAUCAUAUGUCUUAUGUAAUUGUGUGUAAACUUCUCAGUGAGAUCUACGAACACAUUCAUUGCCUAUAUAAAUUAUCAGACACGGUCUCCAUGCUGGACAUGCUCCUGUCCUUUGCUAAUAUUUGUACAUUUUCUGAAUAUGUUCGUCCAGAAUUCACCGAUACAACGGCUAUUAAACAGGGCUGGCACCCAAUCUUAGAAAAGAUAGCACGGGGGAAACCAGUUUCCAAUGACACUUUUAUAAGUGAAGGGAAUAAUUUUAUCAUACUCACCGGACCAAAUAUGAGUGGAAAAUCAACGUACUUAAAACAGAUUGCACUGUGUCAGAUAAUGGCGCAAAUCGGCUCAUUUGUCCCAGCUGAAUACUCUUCCUUCAGAAUUGCUGAGCAGAUAUUUACCCGAAUUGGAAUGGAUGACGAUAUCGAAACGAAUGCCUCUACAUUCAUGAAGGAAAUGAAGGAGAUUACAUACAUCAUACAGAACGCAAAUGAAAAGUCCCUGAUAAUAAUUGAUGAACUAGGAAGAGGCACCAGUGCCGAGGAGGGAAUUGGCAUCUGCUACGCCGUCUGUGAGCACCUUAUCAGAUCUAAGGCUUUUACACUUUUUGCAACUCAUUUUUUGGAGCUGUGUCACCUCGGGACUUUGUAUCCAAAUGUGCAGAACUUUCACUUUGAAGUGAAGCAUGUGGGCGACAAGACAGGGAACGAGGACUCCAUCUCUUACACGCACCUGCUAUUAAAAGGGCACACACAGGAGAAGAAUUAUGGCUUAAAGGCAGCAUCACUUUCAUCAUUACCACCCCCAGUAUUGGAGGAUGCCAAUCAAAUCUCAAGACUGAUCGCAGACAAGAUUCUACAAAAGCAGAGCAGCACACCGGAGGGCGUCAGGCAGACGGCAGACUACCACCUAACACUAAGAUUGGUGCAAGUCGCAAAGAAUUCACAGCUGGACUUGGACAGUUUGAGAACUUACAUGAAGCAACUGAAAAGCAAAUAUUUCACCGACUGCAUUGGAGCUGAGCAUUCCACUGCCCCAUCUACUGAGUGACUGCCGAUACGUACGUGCACAAAAUAAUGCAAUACUGUGUCCGAACUGACUGUGACCCAAGA